AGCCAUCUAAAUCCUGUAUGUGGGCAUUUAUGUCACCUAAUAGCAUAGAGUUUCCUACAAGAAUUUUGUAGGAAACUCUAUGCCUAAUAGGACAACCUCAGCAGUUCGUUCGCUGGGACAACCCAUCCAGUUCGUUCGCAGCGCCCUCGCAAAGCUUUUCCACAAGCGUGGCCCACUCAACCAUAGUCUGGUACACUAUUAUGCGUGGUACAAGCAGUACAAGCUUGUGUAGGUGUUCUGUGGUGGUACUUGUUUACUCCGAUUUCCGUUGUGCAGUAAACUCAGGCACUUUUAAGUGCACGGAUAUGAUGAACUUAAUCGAUAAAAAUACGACUGUUCGAGUGUGCAACAUGGGUCACUGGGCAUGUGCCGCCCAGCCGAAUGUCAAGCAAGGGGAACAAAAUAUGUGCCAUCAUGAAAGGAAAAUUAAACCAAACUGGGACCAGAACAUUUGCUGAACAAGGAGCUGCAGAGAAGUGAAGUUUGCAACAGAAGCAGCCAAAUUUGGAGGAAGGAGUGAACAAAGUGCCAGCCAAAGUGGAACCAAAGCAUACAUUGAAUGAGGAGUGUUGAGCUACAUAGAAGUGAAGACAUGUCGCCAAUAAACAGAAAAGAAAGCUUCACGUGUAUGGGGUUCUUCUUAGAACGACAGAAAGGGGUAGGUCACCAGCUGAGAGCGGCCAGAUGAGCAAGCCGCGUACCAUCUUGGUUCCCAGACUGAGGAUGCAGCAACCAGCCAUGGUCAGCGAGGAUGUGGCUUCACUCCUAGCAUCCCUGGAGCAGGGCCUGCACAAGGUGGGACCGCAGCUGCAGUGCCUGCUUGGCAUGCUUGAGUGGCAGACAGGCCAGAAGCGAUCCACCCUGUUCAUCAACAUGAAUUGCCUUCCACCUUUGUCUGCGGCUGCCACCUCCAUCCAGUCAUGGUCACGUUGCUGUGCAUCUACAUGGUCACCAGCAAGAAUGCCCCACUUGUGUGCAGCCUUGUUGUCUACCUCAUCGCAGCCUACUCCUCCUUUCACAACAUAGAAAAUUCUUCCAAAAGUGACGACAGCCGAUGGAUUAUUUUCUGGCUCAUCUUUGGCUUCUUCAACAUGAUGGACUACUUCACUGACCAGAUUAGGGAGAACUUCCCACUCUUCUGGUUGUUCAAGCUUUUAUUCUUGACCUGGUGUCUGGCGCCGACUGGAACUAACGGUGUGACCAUCAUCUACUUCCACCUGCUGUAUCCACUAUUUCUUGGCGUGAAUGACCACUGCGCCAUGGUCACGGACUUUGAAAGCGGCCGGGCGUUCUGUAGCCGUGUUUGGCAUCACUACUACCCGUGGGCACAAGAGUUGGAACCACCAGCCAGGAAAAUGGAAGAUUCUGGAGAGCCUGCCCGGCCAGCUGCUCGGGAGGAGCCAGCACAAGCUUCUGAGAAAGCUGCUGUAGAAUCUGCAGCUGAGAAGCCUCCUGCUGAUAAGAAACCAGCUGCUUCUGUUUCUGCAGGCGAUGGCAAAGUCAAAACAUCCGGGAGUGGGUCAGUGGCCUCAGCACAUAAAGCUGAUGAUGCCAAGCUGAAGAAAGAAGGCACAGCAGCCAAGGUGGAUGAAGCAACUGCCAACACUGCAAAGGGCUCUGCAGGGAAGAAGCUGGAGCCUGUUGGCGAGAAGAGCAAACUGCCUGAGGUCACCAGUAAGGGUGCCAACACCACUACAACCAAGGGGACGAAACGAGAUGUUCAUCCUGCUACUCACAAAGUGGGUGCCAACAAGGCACCAGAUAAGCACAAGGGCACAAUGGCUGAACAGCCCUCUUCCCCUGGUGGCAACAGGGAGCCAGACAUGCCAGCCAGUGGAGCGUCGCUUCACUUAAGUUCUAAAGAUGGGUCACACUCUGCAACAAUGGCUGCUGCUUUGAAGCCACUAUCCCAGGCUCCCACGAAAUAUGCCAGUGACACCAUCGUCAAGAGCAAGAUGGGAUCACAAGACUUUAAUGAAGGGACCUACCAAAGCCACCUCAGCUCCCACCAAAGCUCAAAGAAUGAGAGAGGUGCUGGAGCAAGUUCAUGGAAUGAUGUUAGCUUGUUCUCAAAACAAGAUGAAGACAGUGGAUCAGCAAGAAAGCGCGACGAUGACCGUCGAGGCUCGUCGUCUCUGCUCGCAGGUAGCAAGAGCAGCGUCCCAAUCAUCCAACCCGUAGUUCAACCCUUGUUCAGUUUGUACAGCUCUCCUUACAGCUCAACCUGUGGGUCGGCCAACAAUGUUUCAGGCUCUGGCCAGCCACCUGCAGGGCCUUAUGCAUUUGGUCCAAGCUACCCCAGCUACCAUGCAGGACCAUAUUACCCAGGGUGUCUGCAACGGCCUUCUCUGGGCUACAACAGGCCACGGAUGCUCCUCUACACUGGACCCACACAGAGGCAAAAAUCUCUGGGGUUGAAAAAUGUGCCAUCUCUUGAAGAGUCAGAAGGUGACAUGUUCACGGAUGACCCUAAGCCAGCAAGAAAGACAAAGGGUUUAUCUCAAAGCAGUUCUGACAAGAUGCGAGAUGAUGAUGGUGCUGAUGACAAGUAUGCACUGCGAAAAGAUGGUAUGGAUUACAAAAUGAGUAAGGCUGGUGCUAUCAAGGAAGAAGGUAGGAAGACAGGUGACGAGGAAAGGAUGGAAGAUAAGAAGAAGUCAGCAGGGGAGGAGAAGACAGACAAGAAAACCACUCAUUGAGAUACAGCAGCAGAUCAACAAACGCUGGAACCAGUGGCAAUAUUUAUAGCUAGUACCUGUGUGUACGAGGUUGACAAGCAGUGCUUGAAAAAAGCACCAUGUUUCGGUGGCCAUACUUUGGUACAAAUUGUUAUGGACUGAAUGAGUAUCAAGCUUUUUAAUUUCGCUGCAUAGUGCCCCUCUGUCCACAACUUGAGAAAUUUGCUUAGACAUAGGUAUGUGUGCUGCUUCAAUCUCUGCUUUCAGACUCACUCAAGCUGCAGCAGGCUCAGUAGUAGACGCCUAAGCGGUCUAUGCAAAUUUACACGCUGGAAAUUGCAAACACCCUUCAAAUAUGAUGCUGAAACAGACAUGGAAAAGGAACAUGGUGAUGUUUAGAAAGUGUAACUUAAUUUCUUUUUUUAAUGAUGGAAAUUGGUACAUAGCUUUAGACUAAAUAGUUGAUGCUUUUGAGAGAGUGGCUGAAUUAGUGGAAAUUGGAUAAAAGCUGCGUAAUAUUAAAGUGUGUCCAAUUUUGGCUCAA